AUGUCCUCCUCACAAGCUCCCUGCUCAGAAAAGCCAGGACCUGCCAAAAUGACAGUCUGCGGCGCCCAGCCCAUGAACGAGGUCGACGAGAAGCCGCCGAGAUAUCAAGCGCACGACAACCUUACGACGACACACACCCACGUGGGCGACAACAUCUGUAUAGUCGCCACCGCCGCGUUCGCCCCCUCAGCACACAAGAAGCCUUGCUCGACUUUCAAAACUAUUUGGAGAGGCUUCCACCGGGCCGUGCGCCGCCGCGAGUCCUGCCCCCCCGUCGAGUUCGCGGUGCACGUCGUGGUCACCACCGGGGCCACUCAGCUCGUGGGCACCUAUCUUGCGGUCCCUCCCGAAGUGAUAGGGGUGGUCCCGUACAGCGUACUGCACGUACUGAUAGCGCUUGCAUCACUCAAACAAGGAGCCGACGUCUUCGGUCCGAAGUUUUGGCACACCUUAGUCGAUGCAUUUGAACGGGCCCAACGGGACGGAUCGGUGCCCAGGCUCGAGGCAGCCCUCCUCAAGUGCUAUUACGACUGGCGCCUCAACUUCUCAGACGAUGCAUUCAAACUGGUUCACCAGGACGGGUCGACGGCGAAGUUAGAGGCAGCCCUCCUCAUGUUAUUAUGA